AUUGUGACCAAUCUUCGUGGAAAGGAAAUAGCAACACAUUUGAACUACAUCCAGCAGUUUGACCGUAUAAACCCUCAGAGCCACUCCUGUUAUUUCUCUUUUUUGUGUCCGGAUGCAGGAGAUGAACUUCGUUAAUGAGUAAUUAUACAGGCAGCACAAAUGAUGAUGUCACUCAGAUUGACUCCUCCCCUUUUCCUGCUGUUUCUGCUCAUGAUUCCAGGAGUUGUUGUUUCUCAGGACUGGGAUGUGUAUUACACACCAAAGUCUAUCUGUGCUCUAAAGGGAUCUACAGUGACCAUGGGCUGCAGAUACACAUAUCCGGCUGGUUACACAGUUGAGAGAGGUAUCUGGAGCAGAGAGUUAGUUACAGAUAAAGAGCCUCCUGAUCUGACUUCAGACCCAAAGUACAGCGGCAGGGUUCAGUACCUCGGAGACACAUUGCGUGACUGCAGUCUCAGACUGAGUGAUGUGAGAGAAGAGGACCAAGGCAAAUACUACUUCAGAUUUAUAACAACAUUCGCUGGAGGAAAGUUUCAGGGUAAAGAUGGAGUUGAUCUUUCUGUCACAGAGCUUGAGGUAGAGAUUCCUGAUAGAGUGUUUGAAGGAGAUGCAGUCACUCUCACCUGUAAAACCAGGAACAGACUGAGUCGCAAUCCAACAUUUAGCUGGUACAAAAGUGGACGUCGUUUAUCCUCCUCCACUAACCUGCUCCGUCUGCCAUCAGUCAGUCAGAGCGAUGUAGGCAGAUACAGCUGUGCUGUACAAGAUAGUCAGUCCUGUGAUGUCACUCUUGAUGUCCAGUAUCCUCCAAAGAGAGUCUCAGUGUCCGUCAGUCCCCCUGGUGACAUAGUGGAGGGCAGUUCAGUGACUCUGACCUGCAGCAGUGAUGCUAAACCACCUGCACAGAACUACACCUGGUAUAAAGGAACAUCCUCUAUAGGAACGGGAAAAACUUACACCAUCAACAAGACCAGCUCUAAGGACAGUGGAGGUUACACAUGCCAGGCUGAAAAUAUACAUGGACUUCAGUCCUCAACUGCUGCGUCUCUGAAUGUCCUGUAUUCUCCAAAGAGAGUCUCAGUGUCCAUCAGUCCCUCUGGUGAGAUAGUGGAGGGCAGUUCAGUGACUCUGACCUGCAGCAGUGAUGCUAACCCACCUGUGGAGUAUAGCUGGUUUAAAGGAACAUCACCUAAAAGCAAUGGAAAAACCUACACCAUUAGAAAGAUCAGCUCUAAGGACCGUGGAGAGUAUAAGUGCAAGUCCAGGAACCAAUAUGGAGAGAAAUAUUCUGCUGAAGUGACUAUAAAAGUUUUGUAUCCUCCAAAGAGAGUCUCAGUGUCCAUCAGUCCCUCUGGUGAGAUAGUGGAGGGCAGUUCAGUGACUCUGAGCUGCAGCAGUGAUGCUAACCCACCUGUGGAGAGCUACAACUGGUAUAAGGGAACAUCCUAUAUAGGAACAGGACAAUCUUACAUCAUUAACACGAUCAGCUCUAAGGACAGUGGAGAUUACAAGUGCAAGUGCAGUAAUCAACACGGAGAGAAAUACUCUGAUGGAGCGACUUUAAAUGUUUUGUAUGCUCCAAAGAGAGUCUCAGUGUCCAUCAGUCGCUCUGGUGAGAUAGUGGAGGGCAGUUCAGUGACUCUGACCUGCAGCAGUGAUGCUAACCCACCUGUGCAGAACUACACCUGGUAUAAGGUGGAUGAAAGCUCACCUGUAGGAUCUGGACAGAGUUACAGCUUUACACUGAGGUUCAACAGCAGUGGAUGGUUUUACUGCGUGGCUCAGAAUAAAUAUGGGAAUCAGACAGCAGCUGCAGUGGCUCUCACUCUAAAUGGGGGUACAAGUGUAGUUCUGUAUGUAGUUCUUGGAGUCACUGUUGGAUGUGGAUGUUUAUUUGCCAUCAUUGGUGUUUUAUGUAUGAGGAGAAAGAGAAGAGGAUGUUCAACUGAUCAUACCAAGUCUAAUGAGAACAUUUACUGCAGUCCUACUGAAGACACGUACACAGCUCUUGAUCUUCAGACCAGGUCCUCCAAAGACGUGUAUGACACACUUGCAACGGUUCACCCAAGUUCUCCUGAUGACACGUACACAGCUCUGGAUUCCAAGUCCAUCUCUCCUGAUUACGACACUUUAACAACUGCAAGAAAACAACAGUGAGAUCAUCAACAUCGACACCAUGUCAAGAGAGAGAGAGAGAGAGAGAGAGAUGACCAAUGCUAGUAUAUUUCUGUUUUUGAGCUGUGGAUCAAUAUUGAACUCUAUCUUUAAAUAGUUGAAGAGUGAGAGCUUUACAUUUAUGAACACAUAUAUAUAUUGAAAUUAACAGCAGUGUGCAGGCAUUUUGAACCGUUCUGCUUUGCACCUAUGCAUCCUUUUUCUAUGUGUGCUGUAUUUUUUUUCCCUCUUUUUAAUUAGAUGUUUAUAUUUUUAUAUUUACCUGCUAAAGUAACACACUGUACUCAUGCUUCACUUAUUCUUUAAGCACAAAAAUGUGUGCCAUUAAGGAUUUACACAAUAAACUCAAAUAUGAUGUAUAA